AAAGGUGCCUGUGAGCCCCACUGAACCUCAAGCUUCUCUCAAAGACAUAGUCACAGAGGAGACAACAGACAUUAUGGGAUCGCUAUCAGUCUCUACCCACAAAGGACAUGUCCACUGGCAAGGGUUCCUGUUGGCCGUCUCACUCUUCAACUUCUGGUGCCAGCCCACUACAGCUCAACUUGCUAUUGUGUCUACCUAUGCUGCUGAAGGGAAGGAUGUGCUUCUACGUGUCCGCAAUAAGCCUCCUAAUCAUUCAGGCCUCCUGUGGUACAAGGGUGAAGGCACGAACAGAAAUAAUAUAAUAGCAUUUCUUUCAGAAAAGCCAGGAAUGUAUUUAUUGGAUCCUGCAUUUGGACGAGUGGUAUUAAAACAAGAUUGGUCCUUGCUGAUAAAGAGGGUCACCAAAGCUGAUGCAGGAAUGUACACUAUAGUAGUCUACCUUACAAAUCAAAGAAAAGAAAUAGGAUUUGGAAGGCUUACUGUAUACGAGCCUAAACUAGUGGUCUCUCUGGUAGCCAGUAACACCACGGUCAGAGAGAAUGAGGAUACUGCCAUCUUGACCUGCAACACAAAUGCACUCUUCAUCCAUUGGUUGUUCAAGGGCAUGGAUCUGAAGCUCAAUGAGCGCAUGAAGGUAUCUGAAGAUCAUCGAAGCCUCACCAUAAGCCCUGUGAAGAGGGAAGAUGCUGGAUAUUACUGGUGUGAAGUUUCCAACCCCAUGGGGUCUACUGAGAUGUUACUCUUCAACUUCUGGUGCUCACCUACCACAGCUGAAGUCUCUAUUGUGUCAACCUAUAUUGCUGAAGGGGAGGCUGCACUUCUACCUCUCCUCAAUACCCCUCCCAAAGUUCUAGCCUUCAUAUGGUACAGGGGGAAAAGCACAAGCAAAAAGAGUAUGAUUGCAUUUCUUUUCACAUUCUCAACGUAUGAUAUAAAAGGUCCUGCAUACAGGGGACGAGAGACAAUAAACCAUGAUGGAUCCUUGCUGAUAGAAAAUGUCACCAUGAAUGAUGCAGGAAUAUACACCGUAGUAGUCUAUGUUACAGAGUCAGAAAAAGAAAUUGGAUUUGGGCAUCUUAAUGUAUAUGAGCCAGAAUUGGUGGUCUACCUCAGAGUCAGUAACACGACAGUCACAGAGAAUAAGGAUAUUGUGGUCUUGACCUGCAACACAAAUGCACUCUACAUCCAGUGGUUGUUCUAUGGCAAGAAUCUUCAGCUCAAUGAACGCAUAAAGAUUUCUAAAGACCACCGAAGCCUCACUAUAGAUCCCGUGAAGAGGGAUGAUGCUGGGAUUUAUUGGUGUGAUGUCUCCAACCUCAUGAAUUCUACUGCAAGUUUGCCUGUUGUACUGCAUGUGAAAAUUGAGUGA